AUGGAAGGUAAUAGGAUCGAAACAUUGGACAAAUUUGUAACGGAAGACGAAAUGAUAUACGCCUUUUCUCCAAUUACGAUGGUCUCGCUAGGCGGAUAUCUCGCAGUCUCACAUUUUCAAAAUCCCUCGACAACAGAAGACAUUGAUGUGAUAAUUGAUCCAGAGCUGCAGCUUGCCAUGGUGAAGGUGGGGAGAGAUUUAGGUUUUGGGGAAAAAUGGAUGAAUGACUCCGUUGCUCUAUUUGUCUCUAAAUCCGCUUGUGAGUCCAUUUUCGAGGAUGCAGAAAAACAAAAUAUCAUUCUGUGGUCUGGCGAGAAUAUACGGAUACUGGCAGCUCCACUUGAGUGGGGCUUGGAGACAAAGCUCCGACGACUCUCUACCAAACCUCAUCACCUGAAAGCCAUCACUGAUGUUGAGGAUGUCCUGGUCAUUUUGAACACUCUGAUAGAUCAAAACGAAGGCCCCCUGGAAAGGGAUACGAUUCGAAAACUAAACAGGAAUGGAUUUGACGUCGCCAUUGCACAUAGCGUUUUGGAUCGGGUCGCAAAGACAUAUCAAGAGCGAUAUGGAAAUAACCCCUUUUUCUAA